AUUUUAUUUGUGAUGCGAGGUUUCUUUGCUAUCACAAGAGCUUUUGUGGCUCCUGUUGUAAAAUCCACCUACAGAUUCUCCUGCUAAUCAUAGAAAAUUCAAAUGAGAAUGUAUUUGAUAUCACUUAUAAUGUAGUGUGCUCAAUCAAAUAAACCAAAUUAUCAGACUGUCUUCCACUAUGUCGGGAUUAAGAAUUGCCAACCAAUUUGAUUUGUCACUUUUUUCUUUGUUAGAGGAGGCUUAAGGUAAUGUUUGGUGUAUUUCUUCUAGGUAAUUCAUUUAUAUUUUAUGAAAAUCAAGACGACUCUGCGGAAGUCGACAUCAGGCAGAUUGGAUUACACUUAGGUUGGACAAAUACCCUUUGAUGAUUGAUCAUUAUAUAAACAUAAUAAAAAUGAA